AGCCGGGCCCUUUAAUGAUGGGCCUUUCCGCCCCGCAAAAUGGAGCAGAAGUUGGCGGAAUGGCGGGCGCAGCAGGCGGCGGCGGAGAAGAAGAAGAAGCAGCCGUCGACUGUGAGCGGGCGCUGGGAGGACGGCGGUGUUUUCAGCGGUCUGUGGCGCAGACUGCGACCCGGGAGGAGGGCUGAGGCAGAGCAGCGGGAGUCGCACCGAGACCCGCCGGUGAAAGCGGCCGCGGUCCCGGGACUGGAAGCCGAGGGCAGCAUCUGCCCCACUGAGGCCGCGGGCUGUGUCAGAUCCCCGGCGUCCGGAGAGGCGUGGGAGCGGUCCCGAUGCGUAGCCUGGGAAAAGGAAGAAAAUGAUCAGAAUACAUUUAAAGAAAAAUCUGAAGAACAGACAACUGAACCAGAUCGUUUUAUCUUCACAAUUUUGACUGUUCUGAAAUUUCUGCUUUGGCUGGUAUUACUUGGCCUCUUCAUUGAGCUGGAGUUUGGCCUGGUUUAUUUUGUCCUCUCGCUGUUUUAUUGGAUUUACGUUGGGACACGGGAGCCAUCGGAAAAGGAACAAGGAGAAGUUAGCGCGUACUCUGUGUUCAACCCUGGUUGUAAGGCCAUUGAAGGAAGUCUAACAGCAGAACAGUUUGAACGAGAACUUCAAUACCGACCUCUAGCCGGCAGAUGAACUUGCUUCGUGGAAAAGCAAGAUUUGUUUUUAUUGCAUUGUAACCAACACAAUGUUCUAAAGCACUAACAUAGUAAAGGUCAACAGUUAGCAAAGUCAUCAUCCAAGAUGUAAAUUGCACACAUGUAACAGGUAUUUAAAUAGAGUAAGGGGUAAAUUCGACUAAAUUCUUUAUUAAAACAA